CAGCCUCCCAAAGUGUUGGGAUUACAGAUGCGAGCCACCAUGCCCGGCCUAAAAUUUUGAAAACUCUUAAGUGUUCACAGAGUGAAAAGUUCUCCAUUCUCCUCCCCACCCCUGUCCCACCUAGAUCUGAAGCCUAGUGGGCAGAGGCCUUCUCUGUGAAUUUCUGGAACCUCUCAGUUUCCCUUCCCAGAGGCAAGCACUGGUACCUGUCUCUUGGGUCUCUUUUAAGAAGUAAUCUAUGAUUAUACAAUCUUAUAUAAGCAUACUAGUGUUCUUUUAUAAGUACACUUCACGUUUUUCUGGACUUUCUAUCACAGUAUUGUGUCUCAGAUCUUUUCCUAUAAGUAUGCAAGAUGCUGCUGCCAUCUUUUUAACAUGGGACUCCAUUGAUGGGUGUAAUACAAUUUACUUAACCAGUCCACAUUGAGAGGCAUUGCAUGUUACCUCCCCUGAGUUCUGCUUUUUCAAAUAAUUAAUAUCCUUGGGCAUGCCUCUAUGUGCACACGGGCAAGUGGCGCUGUAGGAUUCAUUCUCAACAGUGCACCCCAUCUUGUGGCCAUCACGUCUGAGGAUCAUCUGGCCCAGCCCUAUCAUUUCAGUCACUGUCUUCCCCCAUGAUGUUUGGAUUCUGCUCUUGCACGGGGUGUCUGGCUGAACACGCAGGGGGUUUGCCAGGGUAGUUGAAGCCAAUGUAAGACUCCCUCAGGAGAGCUUCAUUUAUUUCAGAGAAGGGCUGCAUAAUAUUAUAUGUUUUGCAGGUCAUGUGUCUCUGUUGUAACUGUUUAACUUCAUCAUCAUAGUCCCGAAGAAGCCAUUGACAAUACAUAAGUGGAUGAGCGUGGCUCUGUUCCAAUAAACCCUUAUUUUUAAAAAACAAGCAGCAGGCUGGACUUGGCUCUCAGGCCAUAGUUUACCAACCUUUGGUGUAUUCAGCUGUUGAAGACUUUCUGUGCACCAGGCUCCACUGUCGGCACAGGGGCUGCUGCAGGGAAGGACAUAGAACCAGCCUUAGCAGUUGGAAUACAGCUCGCUGGUAUAAGUGAACAGGUGCGGUGUAACCUGAUGCCAUGUAAGAGGAGUUUCUGACUUGGACUAGGGGCUGGUCAUGAGUGUCUUUCUGGGAGCAGUGACAUAGGAAGCUGAAAACCAAGGUCCUAGCUCUGAGCCAGGCACAGUGGGGAGUGUGGGGAACUGAAAGAAGCUUAGUAUUGCUGGAGGUGUGGCAGGCAUAGAGUGGGCAGGAGGAGAGGUAAGGGCCGGAGAGAUGAACCAGGCUACACAGGCCACGAGGCUGGCUGUGCAGAGAGGCUGGGCUUGAUCCUGACAACUUGGAGAGAGGGGCUGCAAAGGCUGGGCUUUGGGAGAGUGCCACACAUCCAGCUGGAGGAAAGCAGGGAGGCUGUGGAAAGACUGGAGGCUGUCAGAAGCCGGGUAGCAUAGAGAUAAAGUCGGGUUGUAGCAUGUGAAAUGGGCCAAGGCAAGCAGCUCAGGACUAAAACCUGGGUUGAUACAGUGGAACUAAACAUUUCCAUGACUUUUUGCAUCCUUUGACCCCAUACGUGGGACCCUCUUCAUCCCUCAAGGUCCAACCCAAAAUGUCCCCCCAUUAGAGCCUCUCCUGAGGCAGAAUUACAGGCUCUUUCCUCCACUGUCAUGACACCAUACUGAGGAAUACUUGUCACAGCAGUGUUUCCCCACUGAGGCCUCAGAGUAAGUACUAAUUAAUGCUUGCUAAAUUAAAUUAAACAGCAAGGUGAAUUAGCUGGGGUAGAGGUGGCCGCUGAGCCACUCUUUACAGUUGCAGAAACUGAGACUCAGAAAGCUAAGCAAUUUGUCCUAAUGGUACAUGCAAGGAUUCUGACCAGUCUGGUCAUUUCUGCAGAAAAAUUGGCCUUCUCUGCCUCUCUAGGCUGGAACUUUUCUUGCUUCUGCUCACAGUUCCCUAAAUUAUUAAUCUGCAAGGCAGUUAGCAGAGCAGGAGCAAGAGGCACACUUUGCAGAAAGAUAAAACAAGAGAAUCAAGAUGCAUUUGGUUUCCAGAGAGUCCAUCAUCUGGUAUUCCAAAUCCUAACAGGGAAAUUCAAUCCCCUUCUAAAUCCCAGCCGAGACAAUGUCCCCAAGACCAUCCUGCUGGGCGGCAGGGCUCUGGGCCUGGAGAAGUGCCUGAAAUUCUUGGACAAUCCGGAUGGUGAGGCUGUCAAAGCCUGUGUCCAGAGUGCUCCAACAGCUGGGCUGGGGGAAUUCUUUUGGCUCCAUUUAUUGCAGUCUAUUUUUAGAGAGCACUUCAGACAGGGGUGGGAGUUUUCUGCUGCCUCUGCCCUCAACUGGGUCAUUUCUACCCUAUCCUCUCCCAGCUCCCUACCCCUACCCUAACUACGACAGAUGCCAGAUGUGGCUGUGGUCUUUGAGCAGUGCAGCCUAGUGUUCUUCUCUUUCCAGAACCCUCUAUGUAUAGGUACUUUUGUUCAUCUUUUUUAUUAUAGCCUUCCUUGUGAGUGUGAGGUUGUAUUGCGGUCUUGAUUUACAGUUCCCUAAAGAUUGGUGAGGUUGAGAGCAUCUUUUCAUGUGCUUAUUGGCCACUUGUAGAUUGUCUUUGGAGAAAUAUCUAUUCAGACACCUUGCCUGUUUUUAAAUUGGCUUAAUUGCCUUGUUACUUUUGAAUUGUAAGAGUUCUUUAUAUACUGUGGACACUAGACCCUUAUUAGAUACAUGAUUUGCAAAUAUUUCCCCCGAUUCUGUGUCUUCAUUUAUUUUUAACAGAGCAAAGAAAACAUGGGAAGCUGAGAAGGGGAAUGUGGAGAUGGGCAAUGAAGGGGCACUGGGUUCCUGCUCAGCCUCUUGCCUCGGAACCCAGGUGCUCUAACUGGCUUAAGGGGCACUGGGCUCCUGCUCAGCCUCUUGCCUGGGAACCCAGGUGCUCUAAACUAUUUUUAGGGGUUGCCCUCUGCUGCAAGAUGGGCCACCUCAGCCCCCUUCCUUCACUGUCCGCCUCCAAAUGAAAGAUUCAGAAGGGCACAAGACAAUGACCCUGCAUUGAUGGCUUCUUGCAGCUUCCUGACUCCCGCAGGCCCUGCCUGCAGCUGCCUGGCCCUCCAGGGGAUGGACUUGUAGGUGGGUGGCCCAGGACAGGCGGGGUUUUGAUUGUUCCAUAUCUGCUUAUUGUCUCCCAACCACGUCUAGGCAUUCCACAAGUGUGGGCGCUGAGCACUGUACCUGCCUUCAUGGAGCCCAAGGACAGAUAGUAAAGAAGUAAACGUACAAAUGGAGGACUGCAAGCCGUGAGCGCUCAUAGUAGGAAGAGCCUGGGAGAGGAGGACAGGCGUCGAGGGCGAGGCCCCCAGCAGCGAGACUGGCACAUCCUUGGACAGCCCCUCGGCCUACCCCCAGGGCCCCUUAGUGCCUGGUUCCAGCCUGAGCCCAGAUCAUUACGAACACACGUCAGUGGGAGCCUAUGGGCUGUAUUCGGGGCCGCCGGGGCAACAGCAGCGCACGCGGAGGCCCAAGCUGCAGCACUCGACCUCCAUCCUGCGCAAGCAGGCCGAGGAGGAGGCCAUCAAGCGCUCACGCUCACUCUCUGAGAGCUAUGAGCUCUCCUCAGACCUGCAGGACAAGCAGGUGGAGAUGCUAGAACGAAAGUAUGGGGGGCGCCUGGUAACCCGCCAUGCGGCCCGCACCAUCCAGACGGCGUUUCGCCAGUACCAGAUGAACAAGAACUUCGAGCGCUUGCGCAGCUCCAUGUCAGAGAACCGCAUGUCGCGCCGGAUCGUGCUGUCCAACAUGAGGAUGCAGUUCUCCUUUGAGGGGCCUGAGAAAGUGCACAGCUCCUACUUCGAAGGGAAGCAGGUCUCAGUGACUAACGACGGCUCCCAGCUGGGAGCUCUGGUGCCCCCUGAGUGUGGUGACCUCAGCGAGCCGACUACCCUCAAGUCUCCAGCCCCCUCUAGCGACUUUGCGGACGCCAUCACCGAGCUGGAGGACGCCUUCUCUAGGCAAGUGAAAUCACUGGCCGAGUCCAUCGACGAUGCUCUCAACUGCCGCAGCCUGCACACUGAGGAGGCACCGGCCCUGGAUGCGGCGCGGGCCCGGGACACUGAGCCCCAGACAGCCCUGCACAGCAUGGACCACCGCAAACUGGAUGAGAUGACGGCCUCGUACAGCGAUGUCACCCUGUACAUCGAUGAGGAGGAGCUGUCUCCCCCUCUGCCCCUCUCGCAGGCAGGGGACCGGCCGUCCAGCACUGAGUCGGACCUGCGGCUGCGGGCUGGGGGCGCAGCCCCAGACUACUGGGCCCUGGCCCACAAAGAGGACAAGGCUGACACGGACACGAGCUGCCGGAGCACACCGUCGCUGGAGCGACAGGAGCAGCGGCUGCGGGUGGAGCAUCUCCCGCUGCUCACCAUCGAGCCACCCAGUGACAGCUCCGUGGACCUCAGUGACCGCUCGGAGCGGGGCUCGCUCAAGAGGCAGAGUGCCUAUGAGCGCAGCCUCGGUGGGCAGCAGGGCAGCCCCAAGCAUGGUCCCCACAGUGGCCCCCCGAAGAGCCUCCCCCGGGAGGAGCCUGAGUUGCGGCCCCGGCCCCCCAGACCCCUAGACAGCCACUUGGCCAUCAAUGGCUCGGCCAACCGGCAGAGCAAAUCUGAGUCGGACUACUCAGACGGCGACAAUGACAGCAUCAACAGCACAUCCAACUCCAACGACACCAUCAACUGCAGCUCCGAGUCAUCGUCCCGUGACAGCCUGCGGGAGCAGACGCUCAGCAAGCAGACCUACCACAAGGAGGCCCGCAACAGCUGGGACUCACCCGCCUUUAGCAACGAUGUCAUCCGCAAGAGGCACUACCGCAUCGGCCUGAACCUCUUCAACAAGAAGCCUGAGAAGGGAGUCCAGUACCUCAUCGAGCGUGGCUUUGUGCCCGACACGCCCGUCGGGGUGGCCCACUUCCUGCUGCAGCGCAAGGGCCUAAGCCGGCAAAUGAUCGGCGAGUUCCUGGGCAACCGGCAGAAGCAGUUCAACCGCGACGUGCUCGACUGCGUGGUGGAUGAGAUGGACUUCUCUACCAUGGAGCUGGACGAGGCCCUCAGGAAAUUCCAGGCGCACAUCCGUGUCCAAGGGGAGGCUCAGAAAGUGGAGCGGCUCAUCGAGGCGUUCAGCCAGCGCUACUGCAUCUGCAACCCCGGGGUGGUGCGGCAGUUCCGGAACCCAGACACCAUUUUCAUCCUGGCCUUCGCCAUCAUCCUGCUGAACACCGACAUGUACAGCCCCAAUGUCAAGCCCGAGCGGAAAAUGAAGCUGGAGGACUUCAUCAAGAACCUCCGAGGUGUGGACGAUGGUGAGGACAUUCCCCGGGAGAUGCUGAUCGGGAUCUAUGAACGGAUCCGUAAGCGAGAGCUGAAGACCAAUGAGGACCAUGUAUCCCAGGUGCAGAAGGUGGAGAAGCUCAUUGUGGGGAAGAAGCCGAUCGGAUCCCUGCAUCCCGGGCUCGGCUGUGUGCUUUCUCUGCCCCACCGUCGGUUGGUCUGCUACUGCCGGCUCUUUGAGGUUCCAGACCCAAACAAGCCCCAGAAACUCGGACUACACCAGCGAGAAAUCUUCCUGUUCAACGACCUCCUGGUGGUCACCAAGAUCUUCCAGAAGAAGAAGAACUCGGUGACGUACAGCUUCCGACAGUCCUUCUCCUUGUACGGCAUGCAGGUCCUGCUCUUCGAGAACCAGUACUACCCCAAUGGCAUCCGGCUCACUUCAUCUGUCCCCGGAGCAGACAUCAAAGUGUUAAUAAACUUCAACGCCCCCAACCCUCAAGACCGGAAGAAAUUCACUGAUGACCUGCGGGAGUCCAUUGCGGAAGUCCAAGAGAUGGAGAAGCACAGGAUAGAGUCGGAGCUUGAGAAGCAGAAAGGCGUUGUGCGGCCCAGCAUGUCCCAGUGCUCCAGCCUCAAAAAGGAGUCAGGCAAUGGAACACUGAGCCGGGCCUGCCUGGACGACAGCUACGCCAGCGGCGAGGGCCUCAAGCGCAGUGCCCUCAGCAGCUCCCUGCGGGACCUCUCGGAAGCUGGGAAGCGAGGGCGUCGCAGCAGUGCGGGAUCGCUAGAGAGCAAUGUGGAAGGGUCCAUCAUUAGCAGUCCUCACAUGCGCCGGAGAGCUACAUCAACACGAGAGUGUCCAUCUCGCCCACACCAGACUAUGCCCAACUCAUCUUCCCUCCUGGGCUCCUUAUUCGGGAGCAAGAGAGGGAAGCCCCCUCCCCAGGCCCACCUGCCCUCAGCCCCAGCCCCGCCACCCCCUCACCCACCGGUGGUCCUGCCCCACCUGCAGCACUCCGUGGCUGGCCACCACCUGGGGCCCCCAGAGGGGCUGCCGCAGGCCCCUGUGCAUGGGCAUCACACCCAGUACUGCCACAUGCAGCAGAACCCACCCCCCUACCACCACCACCACCACCACCACCCGCCCCAGCACAUCCAGCACGCACACCAGUACCACCACGGCCCCCACGGGGGGCACCCAGCCUACGGGGCCCACGCCCAUGGCCACCCGCCACUGUCCGCGGCCCACAUGGGGCACACAGCGCACCACCACGGGCAGCCCCCUGCCCCGCCGCCCCCCACCAGCAGCAAGGCCAAACCCAGCGGCAUCAGCACAAUUGUGUAGACAGCCUGGGCAGGUGUCCCAGGUUCCCUGAAACAGCUGCACACCACACAGGGCACGCCCGGGGGUCGCCAGCCGCACACCAAACCCGGGGCACUUCUGUUGCCAUCUCUCCCCUCUUCCCCUCACAGCCCAACUGGAGCCCCAGGAGCCCAUAGGGCUGGUGUUGUGUGGAACAAAGGUCCAGAUUUAAUUUAGUGUUGGCACCCCGAGCUCCGCUCACCUCAGUCUGAGGGAUGGGUGGGCCUCAGACACCAUCAGCCUUGAAACGGUGCCGCCAGCCAAGUAGAUGUUGAACUGCCUCCCCCACUCCAGCUCUCAGCUCCCUGUGCCCUAAUUUACAUGCCUGUGAAAACCCAACCUAGAAAACGAAGAAAUGAGAUACAAAAACAGAGACAAAACAGACCCCAAAACUUGCUGCAUUAUUGCUCUUUUAUUGACAAUGGGCAAAAAAUUAAGUAGACCUGAUAUGGUUGAUGAAAAUACGUAAGUAAACUUUAUAUAAUAUAAAUAUAUAAAUAUAUAAAUAUAUAUAUAUAUAUACUGUAUAGGUAGUACUUGUGUGUGAAAGGCAGGCGUUUCAGUCCACAACAUUAGCAAUACCCACCUUACAAGGAGCUCCACUUACCUAGUAGGAAGACAGUACCUUAGCUGGGUGUGUGAGACAGUAGACCAAACCCUAAAUGCUAGGAAUAAAUUCAGAUACUUCAUAUUUUCAUACAAAGAAGUCCCUCUAGGACUGGCUAAAAUCUUUACACAAUCAUUACUAACUGUGCCAAGUAACAUAGCAUCUAACUGUUUAAAAAGUCCAGUAUUGCUUUGUAUAAAUCCUUAUUUUAUUAACAGAAUACUAUCAUAAAUAGUAUUAUAAUGCUCUGUUAUUUCAGGUAAGCAAAUAGCUAAACUGCAGUACACUCUACAGUAGCAACUCAGGACAGCUGGUUACGAGCUGGUUGUCUUAGGACAUUGGUUACACAGAUUCUUAGACACUUUAAUGGCUGCGAUAACUGUGAAUCUCCAUGAUCCAUGUUUCUUUUACGCGCAUAUGAUUUAAUGCACACUCAUUCAGAGUCCUCCGAGAGGGGCACCCAUACACGGCAGAAGUGUUCAUCUCCAACAUGAAAGUGACCAGCUCUCAUCCUCGUCUCCCCAACACCAUAACUUCCUCAUCCCGCCUCCAACCCACACCAGGCCGAAGCCCUCAGAGAGUGUUUUCACCAGGAACCACUCUCGAACCUGAAGGUUGACUUUAGUGUUUAGCAACCCAGGGCGGUGUGUGUGUUUCCUGUUUUGUUUUCUGAGUGGUAGCAGUGAUCAUCGUAAUUCCAUGUAGCCAUGUGCUAGCAGAACCCUUGUGUCAUCACCGUGGCCCGUGUGACCCCAGCCGACGAGUGCCCGGCGGAGCCCCCGCUGCCUUCCCAUGGUCCAGUGAGCUGCCAGGGCAUCACAUGACUCUCAGCUGUGCUCUUGUCGCUUCUGUGUUGUGGUGACACCAUGCGCUCCCCGGGCCAGACACUGCACGUGGCGGGUCUGUGCCCGAGUCACCCACGGGCCAUACUUUGUAGUUUCAGCCUUUCGAGCCACUGCAGCCGUCAGUGCUGUGCUCCUAAGCCAUGGGACCCGAGGACUGCCCCCCGGCGCCUGUCCAGGCGGAGGCCCUUUCAGAAAGGGCGAAGCUCACGCCUGACUCUGCGGGCCGUGGGGCCGCGUGCUCGGUGGACAGCGUGGUGAGCCGUGGCCGGACGGCAGGAGGAGAGGGGAGCCCCCUCUGGCUGUGUGUCACCUUGGCUGGCUGGCUGGCCAGGGUUUUGUUGAUUUCCCUCCUCACAUCCCUCCCCUCGCUCAUAUCAUUGAGAUCACCGUACCAGCAAAUCUGCAAAGCAAGCACUUUGUUAAUCUCCAUAGAGAGCAAAUACAGCAAUCUAGAGUUUAGCCUUUUUAAAAUUAAGUGUGACUUUAACCUGCCCACCUGUGUCCUCCCAUCGGUGUGGCAUUUCUUUCUUUGGUGUCUGCUCAGAAAGAAACAGCAUGGGAGCAUGUGAUUGGGUCCAGGCUAGGCUGUGGGGGAAGCACCCUGGUGUCCCCGACUCCUCAAUUCUUGGGUCUUUUUUAAAAGCCAGGCUCCCUAAAGCACUCUUUGUCUCGCAGUUUUGAGGAGGAGGUUCUGACCUGGAAGCGUUAAACUGCUGCAUGUCAUCCGGUGUCAGCUGUGAGGCCGCGCUCUGCGGAUUGUACAUUCGCAAAAUGUAUCGGUGUGACCGUAGACACAUCGUUGAAGUAAAGCGAUCACAUAUUGAGUAUGUCAGCUUUUCUCGCCCUCUUCUGUGCCGAGGGGACUGUCUAACUGUAACCUUUAGGUUGUUCCAGAAAAGAUUCAGGCCAUUUGGCAUAGAACUGCUCUUUCUGAAGGGCAGCACUAAUGAAUAGGAACAGACAGUAAACCCCAGGAGGGGCUUUCCAGAAACUCUCCCUCUCCAUCGCCAUCCUGCAAGCUCCACAGCCUCGGGCUGCCAGCCUCUGGCACUGUACUCGGUGUGUCCUGGAGCUGUGCUGGGCAGCAGGCCUGGGCCUUGCAUAAGGAGCUGCUGGAGCCCACUGAGCCCCUCCUGGGGUUUCCAGCCACACUGUGUGCUCCUUCAGGCCAGUGAGGUUUCAUCCUAUUUUAUUUGCAAGCUUAUCAAAAGUUUGUGGAAGAUACAUUGUUGGAUUCCGGAGGCUGGAGUAAUGCUGCCCACAUCUUGUUUGGGAAGCGAAAGCUCCCAGUGAGCUGGUGUCCCCGUGUGUCUUUCAUGGGACUGUCCCCUCUCGAUCCCCACCUGUUACAGCCAUAGCUUCGGGGUCCUGUCAUCACGUCCCACGGGAGGGGAGGCAGAAGGAGGCUGAGGGCCCCAGGAUGUCUGCCUGGUCCCUUCUCACUGUGAGGAUGCCCUUGGCACACCUUUCUCAAGUCACACAAACUAUUGUAGUUACAUACAGAAUUGCUGACAGGAGCAGGAGACGCUGAGGGAAACAGCUGGCAAUAUGACAAAAGUCUUUCCUGGGACAACAAUCGAAUCAUGUAUUUGUAUUUUUUUAAGUUUACCAAUGAAUUGUACAACAAUGUAAAAAUAAAGUUCAUCCUAAUAUGAUGUGCACAUCUUGCUUAAAAAUGUCUUCAGCAUCCAGUGCAGAGUGAUGUUUCCCUCACACACUGCAUGUGGCACGAGCCUCUUGUUUUUCUUAACAAUGAGCUGAAAAGACAGCAGAUGUUCACAGCUGAUGCUGGGUGUUGACUCAGCUCCACGGGAAGCUCUGUGCCCGCAGGUAAGCACGCACAGUCUUACAGUUCUCCUUGUAAAAUAUCAUCACCCUUCCUGCCUGAGAAACGAGUGCAUUUGUAUUUUAUAUAACAACAAUAGUCAAGGCAGCAUUGCAACACUGAGCAGGGUGAGAUGGGGGUGCUGAGCACAGGACAAGUGGGAGGAGGCCUGCCCUCCACUCAGACUCAUCCGUGUCGCCCUUCUGUAUGCAGUCACAUUGAGACUGCACACAGCAUGCAUCUCCUCUUGGGAGAUAACCUUUGCCUCCGAGUUGUUUUAAGCAAUUAGAAUCAGGUCCUGAAUCCCCAGACUGUUCAGAGACUUCAAGGGACACCUCCCUCACAAGAAACCUGGCACCCCCACUGUGUACCUGUGGGAGGGAAGGAGUGCGUUUGUGUUCAUCUGCAUUCUGUUUGUCAGUGGUAACAGACUCUAUCAAUGUAAAACCAUGGUUGUGAUCAUGUGGGGAAAUCAAAUAAAUCCUUUGAAACUCU